GGCGGAGCGCAAGAGCUGCCGCCGCCGCCGCCACCACCGCCGCACACUGGAGCCACCGAGCCUGGAGCGAAGGCCAAAAGAAAAAGAAAAAAGAAAAAAGCAAGCAGGCAGGCAGGUAGCGAGAAACCGGAGGAAGGAAAGCAGCAAAGCAGCGGGCGGCUGGGCUCGCCCUGGCAGGCAGCGGCAACGGGUCCCUUAACGGGAGUUUGGGAAGACCUCUAGCAGGUGCUGUUCACACGGAUGAAAUAUCUUAUAUUCCAAGCUUCUCAGUAUUUGAAUAGACCACAUCAUGCGUGAGUACAAGCUAGUGGUCCUUGGCUCAGGUGGUGUAGGCAAGUCUGCUUUGACUGUGCAGUUUGUUCAGGGAAUUUUUGUUGAAAAAUAUGACCCCACAAUAGAAGACUCUUACAGAAAGCAAGUGGAAGUAGAUUGCCAACAAUGUAUGCUUGAAAUCCUCGAUACAGCAGGGACAGAGCAAUUUACCGCAAUGAGGGAUCUGUAUAUGAAAAAUGGUCAAGGAUUUGCACUAGUUUAUUCUAUUACAGCACAGUCCACGUUCAAUGACUUACAGGACCUGAGGGAACAGAUCUUAAGGGUCAAGGACACUGAAGAUGUUCCCAUGAUUCUGGUUGGCAAUAAAUGUGAUCUGGAAGAUGAACGAGUAGUUGGCAAAGAACAGGGACAGAAUUUAGCAAGACAGUGGUGUAACUGUGCCUUUCUAGAGUCAUCUGCAAAGUCUAAAAUCAAUGUUAAUGAGAUCUUUUAUGAUCUUGUCAGACAGAUAAAUAGAAAAACACCAGUGGAAAAGAAGAAGCCUAAAAAGAAGUCAUGUCUGCUGCUUUAGACCGACAGCAUGCAGCAGCUCUGAGCCAGGAUCGCAGGAAUGAAGAACUGUUGCCUAAUUUGGAAAGUGCCAGCAUUCCAGAAGUUCAAAAAAGCUAUAUCACAAAUUGACAUCAUAUCUGAAGAGGCUUCUGUUUUUAUAUAUUAUGUGAAGAAAUUAGAUCUUACAAUGGUUUGCACAAAAGCCCCUGAGGAAAAAAAUAAGAAAAUAAAAUUGCUCUGUAUAUCUCUUGGAAUUAAAGACAAUAGUACUUCUCUUUUGCAAUAGUUAACAAAUGUGAUAAUAAAUAUAAUUGACUCUAGUUGUAUGAUUAUACAAGAGCAUGGAUGCAUUUCAAAUGUUAGAUAUUGCUACUAUAAUUUCAUAUUGACCUCUUCCCAUAAUCCUGUGCCCAUCAAGCACUAAAAAUGAUCAGUCAUUAAUACUUGAUAUCUAUCAUGAUAGAUAUAACUAUACAAAUUUUACUGUUCAUACUCACUGCAGCGAUAAUUUUCCAAGUCAUUGACUUCAUUUUAUAUUUAAAAAGUUAUGGACUAUCAUUUUCAUUCUGCCCUAUAUUCUAAUUAAAAUUGUGCAUUAUGCUUUGGAAACAAAUGGGUCUUUUAUAGGAAAAUAAACUGGGAUAACUGAUUUCUAUGGCUUUGAAAGCUAAAAUAUAUAAUAUACUAAACCAAUUCUAAUAUUGCUUCUUGUGUUUUACUCUCACGGAUUAAAUUACAGCUUUUAUGAUUGAUUAAAUUUUA